CAUCCACAUCCUGCAAUUUGUCUGCCUUUCACCUUUUGACCACUUCGUUGGUCUCGUCUCGUCCUAUUCUUUUACCCCGUCUGAAUUGUGUCUCUCCUCCGCUGCGCAUCCCUUCUCUUUCCUCCCACCCUGUUCUUUCAUGACCGCGUUCAUUAUUCCAUCCUUUGCGUGUUGCGUUAUCUAGUGGGACACCCCCUCCGCUUUGCUUCCGCUCCGAGCCACUUUCGAACGACUGCCGAUUUCCUCCCCGCUUCACCUCCGACGUCUUCCAGGGUCAUGUGCUGAAGCUUGCCUUCUCCUGAUCGUCGUUUCGUAUCAUGUCCUCAGAUGCAGCGGCUUUCCCCUCUCCGCCCGAUUUCGCAUUGUGGGAUAAUGCCAGUCGUCCUCGAUCCGUCGGGGCUAUGCCGGCGAGCGGGCGGCCAGUCGGACUGGCACCGCAUCAGAUCGGCAACAACCAGAGCUCUCCGGCAAGCCAACCGCCGAUUUUCCCCAACAUAAAGGACCUGCAGGAUGAAGCAGCAGCUUUGGAUGUCAAUGAGAAUACGUCGCUUAGUGUCCUGCUUGAAAGAGCGCAAGUGGCCAUUAACCAAGCCCGGGAGCUUUCCGACAGCGACCAACUCGACCGAGCCUAUGUGCAAUACCUUCGUGCCUCCGAGAUCACCAUCAACAUUAUUCCGCACCAUCCUGACUACCGCGUGACCGCCAGCCAAAGACCGGCAUGGUUGAAGAGGUUUGCCGACUUGAUGAUGGCUGUGCGCACGAAACAAGGCACGAUGGAUGACAUCAAACAACAGAUUGUGGAGAACAACCUGAUGACGAACAUACAACCAGUGGGAUCAUCACAGUCACACCCGACAAGGCCCAAGUCCGAGAUCUUGGGUACUUUUCCCCUGAGCGAUUCGGCGCAGAUGCCGGCUUCUUCACACCACCAAACAGACCUUGAGCUACAGGCAAAGAGGCACCGAUUUUCAAGUCCUCCAACAGAUGCACUCGCACAAAGAUUCGCAAAGUUAAAGAUGUCACCACCUGAUAGUACCACGUUAGGGCCCGCACCAAACGGUACAAAUAGCAUUCUACAAGCAGCACCGCAAGAUCUCUCGGCUCAGCCGGCGGCUCAAGCGCCGCCACAGACCUCGGCUCUGAGUUCUCCGACACGACGUCCAUUAGGACCUCGAGGUCCUCGUAACAUGGGUUCCCCUCACGGUGUUCCUACGCUGCCCCCGAAGGUCCCCCUCAACACAUCCCUUCCACGAGCACCGGAUCCAGCGUACAGCCCGAUUUGGUCUGUACCAUCUCAGGGACCCUCCAAUCCGCCACGGACGUCGACAGAAAGCUCUCGACCAGUCAACCCACGGUAUUCUCAGCUCGCAAACUCACCUCACGGAAGCCCGAGCCGGGAUGGGUUUGAUGACAACCCCUACCGAUCAAGGACACCAAACGGGGUUCACCAAGCGAAGGAGAUACGAAGCAGCAGUGCUGAUCUUCCGCAUAGCACUACGAUCACUCCGACCGAUUUGAUCAAUUAUCUCCGUAAAUAUAACAUUUUGUUAAUCGAUGUGCGGUCGCGGGAUCAGUAUGAUACUGGACAUAUCUAUGCUUCUUCCAUUAUCUGUGUUGAGCCGGUAGUGUUGAAGGAGAACGUAUCAGCGGAAGAGUUAGAGGAGCGUCUUGUGGUGUCGCCAGAGUACGAGCAAGCCUUGUUUGAGCGACGGAACGAAUUUGACAUGGUCGUGUACUAUGACCAGAAAACGGCCUCGACCAGUUAUCUUGCGGGCUCCCCCGUUGGUACCUCGGCACCCCAUCUACGAGCGCUCUAUGAUACGCUUUACGAGUUCAAUGCCUACAAACCUCUCAAGGACGGCCGUCCUCCAGCAUUACUUCUUGGGGGUCUCGAUGCAUGGAUCGAACUCAUAGGCCAACAAUCGCUUGUCACUUCUUCUACCGCUGCUGUGAUGGGCUCCUUGCAGGCGAAGCGCCCACUUCGAAGACCUGGGCGACCGCUCGGUAGAGUUCCUACGAUGGUCAGUGCUAAUUCUAGCUUGGAGGUCAGGAAACGGCGACUGCGUGAAUACAAGCCACUAAACCCUCAAGAACUCACCGAGUGGAUGGAAAAGUCGAAGACGGAGGAGAUCGACGCCAGUACCUAUAUUGAAGAAGAUGAGGAGGCUCUGGCAGAGGAGCCGGCUGAAGAGGAGGAGGUCCCUGCUUCACCUUUUGUUCAGAACUAUGAAGACUUCUUGCGCCGCUUCCCCGAACCAGGCGCGAUACAGCAAUCCAUGGUGGCGCCGCACAUUCGACCGGCGGGUACUUCUGCACCGAACUAUGCCGCUCCUGUGCCUGUCGCUCCCUCGCGACCACCUCCUGCAGUUCCACGGCCCAGCUAUAGUGGCGUAUCGGACGGCCGGCAUAUCCAACCUACCCUGGAACGGCAGAGCUCCGCCACGAAGACGGCACUCUACACCCCUCUAUCCAUGCUGAGCCGACUCAAACUUCCUCGAACCGGGCUGACUAACUUCGGCGUAACUUGCUAUAUGAACUCAACGCUUCAGUGCCUAAGCGCAACCUUGCUGCUGAGCAAGUUUUUCAUAGAUAAUCGAUUUAGGUACUACGUCCAGAAGAAUUGGAAGGGAUCCCAGGGCGUCAUGCCAGGACUCUUUGCGAACCUGAUCCGGUCAUUGUGGAAGAAUGAUGUUGAAGUAAUCAUGCCGACCUCGUUCCGAAACUUCUGCGGGCGGCUAAACCAGGAGUGGGCGAUCGACCGUCAGCAAGAUGCCAAGGAAUUCUUCGAUUUUGUCGUGGAUUGCCUGCACGAGGACCUCAAUAUCAAUUGGCAACGUAACCAGCUUCGGCCUCUGACAUUUGAAGAAGAGAUGCAACGAGAGCGGAUGCCUGUUCCCAAGGUUUCCAAGAUCGAGUGGGAUCGGUAUUGUCAUCGCGAGGAGUCCUUUAUCUCAUCCCUCUUCGCCGGCCAACAUGCGAGUCGACUGCGCUGCACGACAUGCAAGCGGACCUCUACCACGUAUGAGGCCUUCUAUAGUAUCAGCGUUGAGAUUCCUCCGUCGGGAACGGGCGACAUCUACCAGUGUCUCCGCAGUUACUGUCAGGAGGAAAUGUUGAGCGGCGACGAGGUGUGGAAAUGUCCGUACUGCAAGUGCGAGCGGGUUGCGACCAAGCAAAUCAUCAUCACGCGUGCACCCCAGAUCCUGGUGAUCCACUUCAAGCGGUUCUCGGCCUCGAAGACGCAGAGUGCGCGGAAGAUUCAUACCCCGAUCGAGUUCCCGCUGCAUGGGUUGCGGAUGGACGAUUUCGUGUUCUCGCAGCCGACUCCGACCCCUCUUCCGAACGGUCAUUCGGCGGUUGCACCCUCGGGGACGACGAUCGCGACAGCGCCUCCCUUCACGUAUGACGCAUACGGGGUACUGCGACACAUUGGGUCUUCGAUGGGUAGCGGGCAUUAUAUCUCUCUGGUGCGAGAUGCGCAGCGGCAAUGCUGGCGCAAGUUCGAUGACGAGCGGGUGACGGACUUCAACCCGCGGGACCUGCGACCGAAGGAGCGGUUGCAGAACGAGCAAGCUUACAUUGUAUUCUACGAGCGAGUGCCUGCGAAAUGAGGGGCGUGGAGGAGCAAUUUUGCAUCUGCAUUUUCUGAUUCCAGCCGAGCGGAUUUGUUUCUUUUUUUAAUUUCUUUUCUUGGUCUUCUGUUACUGUGCCAGUCUGUGAUCGACACCAAACCACCGAUGCUCGAUUGGCACGGUAUAUUUGCCAUUCUACCCUUAUUUACCGCAUGUUUCCUUUCUUUUCUUUUCAUUGCUUUUUUACCGAACAGUUUCUGGCGAAGACACGACUGCAUGAUGACGGACGGGAUUGAUGAAUUGCAAGCAUGUAACGAACUAUACCUUUGGUUUUAUUCUGUGGUCUUGUUUCUUGUGAUAUUAGUUUGAUAGCACUUCGAUUCCUAGAUCUGCUUUCCAGCCUGGAUGCAUGGAUGUUAAAUAGCGGCGCGAUGUUUUCAACGGGAAGUGAAUGCAUGACGACAAC